UAUACCGCCAUUGUUCGUGGCAUCAUCGGAAACUAUUUAACCGUGUAUUGAACUGAUUUCAAAGAGCCAAGUGAUUUCAACCCUAAAUUUUGAUCGUUAUCGACACGUUUUUUGUUUUGUUAAACAAACGUGACCACCAAACGCUAUCAAAAAUGGCACCUACGGAACUGAAACAGUACAGUCUUGCGGAAGUAGCCCAACACAAUAAGCCUACAGAUGUAUGGAUGGUCAUUCACGAUAAGGUGUACGAUGUAACCAAGUUUCUUCAGGAGCACCCAGGUGGCGAAGAAGUGCUGGUCGAGUAUGCUGGAAAGGAAGCAACGGCAGAAUUUGAUGACGUUGGUCAUAGCUCGGAUGCGAAAGAACAAAUGAAGCAAUUUCUCAUUGGCGAACUCAUCGAGGCGGAUCGGAAAGCGAAAGCUAGGAUCACUGCUGGCUUAACAAAGAAUCAACGGACGGCUUUGAUCGCCGGUUCGGCCAUGGCAAUCGGUGCGGGAUUGGCGUUGAUAUUCAAGGUGGGCAACAAGAAAUAGGAUACCGUCCGUCCCGAUCCUUUCACUAGCUGCCGAAUAUCGACAUUCCUCCAAAGGGUGAAUUUUCCAGGGAACUUGCAGGCGGUAGCUGUCAUACGAAUCGGAAUCGGAAUCCUAGCGGGCACAUCCAGUGGCAGAGUAGUCGAAUUGUUAUCGAGUGUAAUGAUUAAUUUAUAGCUUUUUCGAGUGCUUUAACUUGCCCAAUGAAAACGUUGCGCAAAAGAUCGAAUUCGGACCGUGCCGGAUUCGACGUUUGAGAACAAUAAAUAUAUUU